UGUGCAAAGGUGCUGAUAUAGUCCAGAGUUGUUGGUCUGUUUUGAUUUACUUCGAGGGCUCCACUCAACACCACAGCACUGGCACAAGGUGCUGGGUAUCAGACCAAAGAGAUAGAGAGAGCGCGAGAGAGAGAGAGAGAGAGAGAGAGAAAACAGAAGAGCAAAUAGAAGAGAUCAAGGCUGUGGAAUAACAGAGACUGAGAGAGACGCUUACUGCUGAUCUUGAAUAAGACUUUGUCCUCUUUGUGAACCUGUCUUUGGCGCAUGUCUUCUCUGCGCAGCACGAAGGUUAUUGGACGUGGACUAUCUCCCUCUGGCAGGAUGGCGAGUGGAGCAUCUCCUGCUGGCAGGACUGAGCUUAAGCGUUUGGAAGCAGCAGAGAGCGCCAAGCCACUGAACCCCGAGGUCAGAGCGGUGCCAGACCAACCCAGUAUUGUGAUGACAACCAGGUGCAUAGUGAUCACUGUGGUGGCAGUACUGGUUACACUGGGAAUACUGGUUGGCGUUAGCUUCCUGAUCAAGAUUCUACUGGACUAUUACUACUUCUUCUGCAUCAAGUCCUUCAAGUUCAUUCCCCUGGAGAAGGCUUGUGAUGGGAUAGUGGACUGCAAAGGCUCUGAGGAUGAGCUUAACUGUGUGACCAAGCAGACCAUCAAACUCACCUUCCCAUUGAGGCUUGUGACUGACGAUGGCCUGCUCCAGGUGUACAGCAAUGCCAGCCAGUCCUGGAGGCUGGUCUGCGCCGAGGGCUGGCAGGAGGCGCUGACUAACCAGGCCUGCCUGGAACUAGGAUACACCAGUAACCCCACCAGUAGCCAGGUCCUGGUCAGGAAUCUGCCGGCAGCAAUGCAGGGCUCCUACAGCUGGGUCAACUCCCCUGGGAACACACGGGGCAUCCAGAGCAUGCUGAGAGACAAAGACAGCUGCUCCUCUGACUCUGUCGUGACCCUCACCUGCUCAGGCUGUGGUCUAAAGCGGUCGGACCGCGUGGUGGGGGGCUCCGACACCACUAUACAGGACUGGCCUUGGCAGGUCAGCCUGCAGUACAACAAGCAGCACACCUGCGGGGGCUCCCUGGUGACCCCGCGAUGGAUCGUCACGGCAGCGCACUGCUUCCCAGAUAAUCAGAAGCUGUUGAGUCGUUGGGGGGUGGUGUUUGGCGUGACCGAGCUGACGACCCAGGGGGCUGUGGGAGUGUCCCAGGUCAUCAUUCACGGGAACUACGCCAGCAAUGACAACGACAUCGCCAUGGUGAUGCUGAGCCAGCCCCUCACCCUUUCGGAGACUGUGAAGCCAGUGUGUCUGCCCAGCUAUGGCCUGCAGCUGGACGCUAACAGCCCUCUGUGGGUGACGGGCUGGGGGAACACCCAGGAGAAAGGGAAGCUGGCGAUGGUGCUUCAGCAGGCUGAGCUUGCCUUCCUGGACCGGGAGGUCUGUAAUCGGCCAAUCAGCUACGCAGGGCUCAUCACACCCAGGAUGCUGUGCGCCGGCUACCUGGAGGGCAAGGUCGACUCCUGCCAGGGAGACAGUGGGGGUCCUCUGGUUCGCUUGGGAGAUCGCUGGCAGCUCGUGGGGGUGGUGAGUUGGGGUUCAGGCUGCGCUCGCCCUAACAGACCGGGCGUCUACACCAACCUGGGGGUCUUCCUGGACUGGAUCCACGGCAUCAUGCAGCAAUACUCCUGAGCUGAGGAGAGCGGAGGAACGGAGAGGAGCAGUUUGCAAGAAAUAAACUACCUCUCACUAUCACUCACACUCAUUAACACUUACUGACACUCACACACACACACACUCACACUCACUAACACUCACACUC